UUUAAUAUUUAUAGUCAUCCAGUUGCUUUAGCAUUCCAUUUGUUAUUUCGUACUGGAGCUAUAGCUAUAUACCUUUUUGGUCGUCUAUUCACCACAAAUUUUUCUUUAAUUUUUAUCAUUUGUGUUUUAUUGCUGUCAUUUGAUUUUUGGACUGUUAAAAAUGUGACUGGAAGGUUGCUGGUAGGAUUAAGAUGGUGGAAUGAUAUUCAACCUGAUGGAACAAAUGCUUGGGUAUUUGAAAGUAGAGACCCUUCAAGACCUGUAAACCCCAUUGAUUCGCGUAUAUUUUGGAUUUCGCUUUAUGUUGCAUUAGUAAUUUGGCUAUUUUUAGCAUUUCUUACGUUAUUUAAUCCAGAAUGGCUUUUAAUUGUAAUUGUUGCUAUAAUCUUAAAUAUGGCUAAUGUUGUUGGUUACACCCAAUGUGAUAAAGAUGCCAAAAAGAAAUGGGCU